AUGCCCGAAAGAAGGAAAUCAGGCCACCGAGCUGGUGUCCAAUUCUUGGUCUUUCUGAGAGAAACCGAGCGAGCAAACAACAUAAAGAAGUCCGAAUUGAAAGAAAUUUACAACACGGAGUUCAAAGCCAGGAAUCAAGAAACCAAGGUGCCAAACUUCAGCAAGGUCUUUUACUUCAUGAAAUUGGAGAAUAAAGUAUACACGCGGAAAGAUGAAGUUCACUUCCUAUCGGUUCAAGGGAUUAUGGUGGACCAGUGGCAUAGGCCCAGGAGACAAAAACCACAGAAAGUCAAUCAGAUGGUUGUGAGUCAUGCACCAGCUCCAGAUCAGAGACUGCGUUCUGCGAUGGAAGAAAAUAUGAACAAUGCCAGAUCUCUGAAGGAAAUGCUCAAGAAGGACAGUCAGGUGCUGACCGGCCCUUUGAGAUUUAAGAACUACUCUAAAAGGUUCCAUGAGUUGCUUUAUAUGGAGGAGGAGCAGAUGCAACUGAACAUUAGGCGAUACUUCAUACCGAACAGUGACAAUGAAUACGCAAUCAUGGAACGAGAUCCAGCCAACUCAAAGCUUCUCAUUCUGAAGGUACCUGGUUUGUCUGAGAAUCGCCCUUCUGUGUUGCGUGGAGAUAAGCUGCUGGUUUACCCUCAAGGAGAAACAAAACACAAGUACUGUGGUUAUGUCCACAAAGUAGAGCGGGACUCUGUCAAACUGGGCUUCAGCUCAAAAUUGUUGAACAUUUUUAUUGAUGGCAUGAAGUUCAAUGUGGAGUUCACACUCAACCGUCUGAUUCUUCGUCUGGAGCACCGAGCUGUAGAUCUUGCUACCCAGUUUGGACUGGAAGAGGUGUUGUUCCCACCAGCCAGCCUUGCCUCGAAAGAAACUUCAAAUGUUCCUCAACUGAGUUUCUUUAACAGACAAUUGGCGGAAAACCCUGAGCAGAUGCAAGCUGUUCGUCAUAUUGUAGCAGGUACUUCCAAACCUGCUCCAUACUUGGUUUUUGGACCGCCUGGUACAGGAAAAACCAUUACUUUGGUGGAGGCCAUCAAACAGAUUGACAAGCUUGAGAGUGACUGCCACAUUCUUGCCUGCGCUCCUUCCAACAGUGCUGUGGAUGUCCUCUGCAGCAGGAUUCUGAAGGACCAUGGGAAUAAGAGCAAGGUGUACCGCAUGUUUGCUAGCAACCGUGACCCGCAAAGUGUCAGUGAGGAUAUAAAGGCAUACUCUAACCUAGUUGGAGAUGGUUUCAUUUUCCCUUCCAAAGAGAAACUGAUGACGUAUCGAAUCAUCGUCACCACUCUGAUCACCGCUGGAAGGUUGGUCACAGGAAACCUCCCAAACGGUCAUUUCACUCACAUUUUCGUCGAUGAGGCCGGACAGGCUACGGAGCCUGACUGUUUAAUCCCACUAGCUGGACUGUUGGAUCCAAAGUCUGGUCUGGUGGUUCUGGCUGGAGACCACAAGCAGCUGGGACCCAUUGUGGCAUCCCCUCUUGCUGAGAAAUACGGAAUGGGAAUUUCCUUCUUGGAGCGAAUGAUGGACAUUACCACAGUGUAUCAGAAGGAGGAUGGUGCGUUCAAUGACCUCUUCGUCACCCAACUGCUGCACAAUUACAGGUCCCAUGAAGCCAUUCUGGCAGUUCCCAACGAGCUUUUCUAUGAAGGGAAGCUGGAGGCCCGUGGCGAAGAAAUGAAAAUCAACUCCUUGUGUAAAUGGGAACAUCUUGUGAAACAGGACUUCCCUGUGAUUUUCCACGGGGUAACGGGAAUCAAUGAGCGUGAGGCUAGCAGCCCAUCAUUCUUCAACAGAGCAGAGAUUCAGGUUCUGAUGGAUUACGUGGAGAAACUGCUGCAGACGGGUGGCAAAAAUGGCCUCGCUCCCAAAGAUAUCGGCAUCAUUGCUCCUUACAGGAAACAAGUGCAGAAAAUCCAUCAGGCCCUCAACAAAAUUCAGAAGAAGUUUAGAUUUAGUGACAUGAGUGCCCUUAAGGUUGGUUCGGUGGAGGAGUUCCAAGGUCAGGAGAGAAGAGUGAUCUUGGUGUCGACAGUCCGUAGCAGCCUCGAUUACACUGAUUUUGACAAAUGCUUCAACCUUGGCUUUGUUGGCAACGAGAAGCGGUUCAACGUGGCAAUGACUCGAGCUCAAGCGCUGUUGAUUGUGGUGGGAAACCCGACUGUACUCAGCACUGAAGAUAGUUGGAAGAGGUUUAUUAUUUACUGUCAAAAAGCCGGGGCCUACCUUGGGUACAAGCCUGUGGAGGAUGAUGAAGCUGUGGUCGACAGAUAUUCGAGUCUCUACCAAAGGAUGCGCGCUCAAGCGGAGGGCGAACAGCACGAUAGGCUGGAGGGUGAUGUGGAUGAAUUGCACUUUCGAGCUGAGGAGUGA